AUGGAAGGCAAAAACAGUAGACUACAAGAGGCUGUGGACCUCAUCAGCAAAUUAGAAGAAAAGGAAGUGAAGCCUUUGUUUAAGAAGCAUGACCACACAUCAACAGAGGGAAGAAUCCCAGGCCCUUCCAGGCAUCAAGGUUCCUCUGAGGAGGGAGCUGCCUCCCCCUCUCUUUCUCCUUUGAUUCAGGGCACCACAGAGGUUGUGCUUGCUGCUGGAACACCAAGUGUUCCCCAGAAUUCCCAGAGAGCCUGCUCCUCCUCCACUGCCAUCAAAGCCACUCCAUCAAGCAAAUCAAAUGAGGCCUCCAGCAGCCAAGAAGAGGGUCCAACCACUUUGCAGGCUCCACCAAAUCCUGAGUUCUUGUUCACUGAAGUGCUACAAAAUAAGGUGUCUGAAUUAGUGCACUUCCUGAGUAUCAAAUAUGUAACAAAGGAGCCCAUCACAAAGGCAGAAAUGCUAGAGAAUGUCAUCAGAGAGCACAAGGAUCACUUCCCUGUGGUCUUCAAGAAAGCCUGUGUUUGCUUGGAGAUUCUCUUUGGCAUUAAGGUGAAGGAAGUGGACCCCACCAGCCAUUCCUACAUGCUCAUAAAAUUACUAGACCUCACCUAUGAUGGGAUGCUGAGUGAUGUCCAGGGCAUGCCCAAGACUGGCCUCCUGAUAUUCAUCUUGGGCACCAUCUUCAAGUACGGAAACCGUGCCUCAGAAGAGAAAAUCUGGGAAGAGCUAAAUAUGAUUGGGGUGCAUCCUGGGAAGAAUCAUUUCAUCUUUGGGGAGCCCAGGAAGCUCAUCACUGAAGAUCUAGUGCAGGGAAAGUACUUGGAAUACCAGCAGGUGCCCAAUAGUCAUCCUCCACGCUAUGAGUUCCUGUGGGGUCCAAGAGCCCAUGCUGAAACCACCAAGAUGAAAGUCCUGAAAAUUUUCACCAGGGUCACUGGGAAUGACCCCACUGCUCUCCCACACUGGUAUGAGGAUGCAUUGAAAGAUGAGAGAGAGAGAGCUGAGGCCAAAGCUGCCACCGGUGAUGGUCAGUAA